UUAGCCGCCAUUUUUCCUCCUUUCGACAACCGAUGUUUUAACAUAAUUUGUCAAAUUCAUUUACAUCGGUCAAAUGACUUGCAUAAAUUUACAAUAAAAAGAAUACAAAUUUCAAGAUAAUACCAUAAUCUUUGUCGAUCUUUAAAUAUUAAUAAACGCGCAAAGAAAAACAAACGAUCAUAAAAAAAAAAAAAAAAAAAAAAAGAAAAGAAAAAAUAAUAGAAGUAAUGGUAGAUCGGCGGUAAAAUCUCCCUUUCGGCUUCGGGCAUCGAAGGCGGUUAGUGCGCGUGUGCGAACCGCGCCGAGGGGUGGUUGGUCGAUGGUCCGAUGUGCGAACUCGAAAAUUGCGAAUUCGGGUGAAAUUUUUCAUGUUUUUUGCUCGGUCUUGGGCUGUACGUGAACGGUGAUUCAUUAUUUAUUUUAUCUUUAAAAGGAAAACGUGCGGCUCGCGAGCUGCCACCGCGAAGCGAACGGGUGGCCGAGUCUUUCGUAGGGGCGCACAAAAACGACACGCGGUUGUCGAAAAAUGGCGAAAACCUUUCGCGCGGUGACAGUAUUGACUUUGUCAAACAAUGGACAGUCAAUACCAAAGUAUAAUAAACCGGUCAUGCUCAACGUUAAUUAUGACCCGCAAGGCCUCAGCGUCGAACUCGUCUUAGGUGAUUCCACUGCAAGAGAAAAGGUUUCAUUAUUGGAAUUUCCUGUAACUCAUACUACUGAAUGCUCUAGAGUUUCAUCGCGAAGUUAUGUUUUUACAUUGGAUUCAGAUAGCUUGUUAAUAACAUUUGCUAAUGAAACAGACUUUCGAAACUUUCACUCACAAAUAUUAAAACUGAAAAAUGGAAAGGGUAUAUCAGCAUUUAAUGAAAGAACAGAGGAGUCAUCGGCCAUGCAAUAUUUUCAAUUUUAUGGUUAUUUAUCACAGCAACAAAAUAUGAUGCAGGAUUAUAUCAGAACGAGCACGUAUCAACGUGCAAUUCUUGGCAAUUUAUCAGACUUUAAAGAUAAAGUUGUGUUAGAUGUAGGAGCUGGUUCUGGCAUUUUAUCAUUUUUUGCAAUUCAGGCUGGUGCAAAAAAAGUGUACGCUGUAGAAGCAAGUAACAUGGCAAAUCAUGCAGAAUUACUAGUAGCUGCUAAUAAUUUAUCAGAUAAGAUUAUAGUCAUAGCUGGAAAAAUUGAAGAAAUAGAUCUACCAGAACAUGUUGAUUGCAUAGUCAGUGAACCUAUGGGUUACAUGUUAUAUAAUGAAAGAAUGCUUGAAACUUAUCUUCAUGCUAAAAAAUGGCUAGUACCAGGUGGAAGAAUGUUUCCUUCUAGAGGAGACUUGCAUAUCGCGCCAUUUUCUGAUGAGAAUCUUUAUAUGGAACAAUUUAAUAAAGCCAAUUUUUGGUACCAAACAUGUUUCCAUGGUGUAGAUCUUUCUGCAAUGAGAAAUAAUGCCAUUAAAGAAUAUUUCCGCCAACCUAUUGUUGAUACCUUUGAUAUAAGAAUUUGUAUGGCUAAAUCUGUCAGGCAUAUCGUAGAUUUCCAGACAGCUGAUGAGACUGAUUUACAUAAAAUAGAUAUAGAUGUUGACUUUCACAUAUUAGAAAGUGGUACAUGCCAUGGUCUUGCAUUCUGGUUUGACGUGGCAUUUAUUGGUUCUACUCAACAAGUUUGGUUAAGUACUGCUCCUACAGAGCCUCUUACACAUUGGUAUCAAGUGCGUUGUCUUCUUGAAAAUCCAUUGUUUUGUAAAAGUGGCCAAUUACUUUCUGGAAAAGUAAUUCUUAUUGCCAAUAAAAGGCAAUCUUAUGAUGUUACAAUAGAACUGAAACUUGAAGGGACGAAUAUGGAAAGCAGUAGUAAUACUUUAGACUUGAAGAACCCUUACUUUAGGUAUACAGGAGCAGCAGCACAACCACCACCUGGCUUAAAUAAUACUUCACCUAGUGAAUCUUAUUGGACAACUCUGGAUGCGCAAGGUGCUCGACAGGCUGUGAAUAUGGUUAAUGGCAUGUCGGUCAAUGGUCUUGGUGAGGUCUCAAUGGAUACAAGUGCAGCAGUUAAUCCCAGUAAUUUACUUGCAAUUGGUGGCCAACCUAAUAUUCAUCCUGGUUCGAUAUCAAGUACCGGACGUGGUCGAGUAGGAGGUACGGCUACUAGUACGCAGGCAGCACAAUUGAUAGGUGGUGGAAUCACGCCUAAUAUGUUUACAUCUCCAGCUACUCGCAGGUCGAUGAAUGUAGAUUUCCUGUGCUCGAACGAUAGAGUGGGGUUAGACAGGACGUACUUUUGCUCGUCGCCGUCUUUAUCAUUCUUCCUCAUUGAAUUCGUGGUCCGGUUGACGGGCUUUCAACGUAUCAAGAUGGCUCUUCUAUCUCUACGUCUGGCCUCCUCUUUGGCGAGGCAAUUGCCAAAUGCUACGAUUCAGGUCAAUUGGCCUGCUGUCACAGUAACAUCUCGUAAAUACCAUGUAUCCUGUAGUCGCCGUUCUGCAGAAAUCUCUUCCAUUCUGGAAGAACGUAUCCUUGGCUCUGCUCCAAAGGCUAAUCUUGAAGAAACAGGCAGGGUACUUAGCAUUGGUGAUGGUAUCGCUCGUGUCUACGGUUUAAAGAAUAUUCAGGCAGAUGAGAUGGUGGAAUUCAGCUCAGGUCUAAAGGGUAUGGCUUUGAAUUUGGAACCUGACAAUGUUGGUGUUGUCGUCUUUGGUAAUGAUAGGCACAUCAAGGAAGGAGAUGUUGUAAAACGUACUGGAGCUAUUGUGGAUGUUCCUGUCGGGGAGGAAUUAUUAGGACGUGUUGUUGAUGCUUUGGGUAAUCCCAUUGAUGGUAAAGGACCAUUGAACAGCAAACUGAGAUUCCGUAUUGGUACCAAAGCCCCAGGUAUCAUUCCUAGAGUAUCCGUAAGGGAACCUAUGCAAACUGGAAUCAAGGCCGUAGAUUCUUUGGUACCUAUCGGUAGAGGACAGCGUGAAUUGAUUAUUGGUGACAGACAGACUGGAAAAACUGCCCUUGCCAUUGAUACUAUUAUCAAUCAAAAACGUUUCAAUGAUGCUGGUGAAGAAAAAAAGAAAUUAUAUUGCAUCUAUGUUGCUAUUGGUCAAAAGAGAUCUACUGUUGCUCAAAUUGUCAAACGAUUGACUGACAGUGGAGCUAUUAAUUAUACUAUUAUCGUUUCCGCCACCGCAUCUGAUGCUGCUCCCUUACAGUAUUUGGCACCGUAUUCCGGUUGUGCCAUGGGAGAAUUCUUUAGAGAUAAUGGAAAACACGCUUUAAUUAUUUAUGACGAUUUAUCGAAACAGGCCGUUGCCUACCGACAAAUGUCUUUGCUACUAAGGAGACCGCCAGGUCGCGAAGCGUACCCUGGUGAUGUAUUUUACCUCCAUUCGCGUCUUUUAGAGCGAGCUGCCAAAAUGAAUGAAAGUUUAGGUGGUGGUUCUUUAACUGCAUUACCUGUCAUUGAAACUCAAGCUGGUGAUGUAUCUGCCUAUAUUCCAACCAAUGUCAUUUCUAUUACUGAUGGUCAAAUCUUCUUGGAAACUGAAUUGUUCUACAAAGGUAUCCGACCAGCUAUUAAUGUUGGUCUGUCUGUAUCCCGGGUCGGAUCUGCUGCUCAAACCAAGGCCAUGAAGCAGGUUGCCGGUUCUAUGAAAUUAGAAUUGGCUCAAUACCGUGAAGUAGCUGCUUUUGCACAGUUCGGAUCUGAUUUGGAUGCUGCAACUCAACAAUUGUUGAAUCGUGGCGUGAGAUUGACUGAGCUUCUAAAGCAAGGACAAUAUGUGCCCAUGGCAAUUGAAGAACAGGUUGCAGUUAUCUACUGUGGUGUCCGUGGUUAUCUUGACAAAAUGGAACCAUCGAAAAUCACUGCCUUCGAAAAAGAAUUCCUUGCUCAUAUUAGGUCUACACAACAAGAUCUCCUAAGUACUAUUGCAAAGGAAAACACCAUCAGCGAAGCAUCCGACGCUAAGUUAAAGAAGGUUGUCACUGACUUCCUUACAUCAUUCUCAUCGUAAAUGAUUGUUAAACAUAUUUAAGUAUCAGUAUAGACAAUUAAAUGAACAUUCUUUACUAAGCAAGUUCAGUGCACAGGUGAAAUACAUUGAUAUAAAAAGUGUCACCAAUGUAUAUCGUCUGCUUAUGAUAAAUGUUAUUAACAAUUCCAAAUCCAUACAAUAAAUGCGAUAGUCAUAAUAGACGAUAGGAAAAUAUAAUUUCAGUAUAAAUUAACUUACUAUUUCUGUUAUGAUUUAAAUAUACUUCUCUUGAGAAAUAUUUACGAAAUUACACGAGAAGUUUUAUAAUGGUAUAAAUAAUAAAAUCCAAAAUUUUUUUCAAA